AACUAAAUGAAGGGUUUUGUUAUUUAUGUUAAUCAUGUUUUAUUCUAACCGAAUGAAGACUAUUUAUAAGUGGCUUAUGUGAUUGAAUGGUUUAUGUUAAAGAUGUGGGUGCUACUGUGAAUCGCUUCUUUGUUUGUAGGAUCGCAAGAAAAAGAAAGCAAGUCAUCAACGAAGGCGAAGUAGCUGAGCCUACUGCUAGUUACUUCUCGUGUGACGAGAAGCUCAAUGCUCUGCUCAUACAAUGCAUGGUGGAGUAAGCUCAGAGGCAUCAGGUGGAGAACGGAUCUUUCAAGAAUGGGACUUUUUCUGAGCUUCAGUACAUGAUGGAGGAGAGGGCUCCUAGUUGCGGUGUCAGAGUUGAACCACACAUUCGUAGUAGGCACAAGUUUCUCAAGAAGGACUUCCAUGUUGUGCACUUGCUGCGUAAUCAAAGCGGAUGUGGUUGGGAUGAAGUAACAAAGACACCUCCACUGGAUGAUGAUGUCUUUGAGAAUAUUGUGAAGGUUUUCCCAAACUGCAAAAAAUUUAACAGGAAGCCUUUCCCAUUUUAUGAUGAACUAUUGAAAGUGUUUGGGAAAGUUGGUCCUGCAAAUGGAAGGAAAACAGUGGGUUUAACUAAUGAUGUGAGCUCACCCGCCAUAGAUGGUCCGACAUUCAUUGAUUUGGAUGUAACUCAGACACCACAGGUUAUAGAGGGACAUAGUGCUGAGAGGUUUAUGGAAGAUUUGAUCAACGAAGGGGUUGAGAUGUCCCAGAGGGCAGCUGCUACUACUUCGACGCAUAAAGCAGUUCCUCUAGAAACAGGGGCCUGUGACGACAUUCGGAAGAGGGCAAAGAAAACAGAAAAUUAGACGGAUGAUGCAAUUGCAGCUGUAGCCGAUGAACUCGAUGUGUUGAAGCCUGUCAUAUCCAAAGCACUUGAUACUCUUGGAACCAUCUUAGAAGACCAUGAAGAAGAGACUAGAAAUGAAGCAGCAUUGAUGGC